CUUUUUUUUCCCAACUCGUCGCGUUCGCUCAUGUUUAGUUCUACGCUCGUCUAGAAAAUAAGUUUAAUUAAAUAUUUCGAUUAACGCAAUUCAACUGCUCGAAUGACACGCCGAGCAAUUAAUUGGCAAAGCGAAACGUGAGAGCAAUCGCCGGAAUUGAAAGCGUCCUGCGAUUGGAGAACAUGUGAGAAAUUGUGCAAAAAAUCAAUUUGUAAGUAACGGCAGCUGCAGUUCCUCCAUUCCACUUCAGUGAAAAACAUAAAAUUAAACGAAACGAAAAAUAGUUUAGUCAGCAAAAACUUUCGUAUCAAAACAAAAAACGCAGCGGAUAACGAAAAUUUAAUACAAGAAAAGCGCGAGGAAAACCAAGGAAGAAAAACAAAAGAUAAUAAAAAUACAAUUGCGCAGUGUAAACUAUAAGAACGCCGUUGUUGGUCAAGUGAAAUAAUGAAUCAGAAAUAUGCGGUCCUUGUUCUCCGAUUCCUUCGGUCUAAGUUUGUGGAGUCAUGAUUGAAAAAGGUUCUUUUUUGCCUCUAACCAAAACCAGUUUUUUCGCUACAACGCGGAGUGCUACGUGCUUUUGAAGGCUUAAGGGAUCUCAAGGAAUACAUUCUUAAUCCGUGUCGAGAAUUUUUAAGCAAACGUGCUUAAGUUCCUCAGAAGCGCGUUAAUUUAAUGCUAAAAACUGAGGGAAACCUCUCAGUGUAGUUCUCUUACGCCAAAACGGCAACAUUAACUGCAAGUGCCCUCUUGUUGAUUUUGAUUUAAAAUUCAAAACACAUUUACAAUACAAGAUGUAAGGCGAAACCCGAGUGGAGCUCCCCGCCUUGAAGAAACGCAACCAAAGAAGCUGCAGGUCCAGGUCCCAGAAGUCCAACCAUAAGUUCCUUUCAUCACCGCAAGAAUUAUCCCAUAAUAAAGCCAAAUGACUGCCAAUAGUCUUCUGGGAAGGUCCAUACUUAAUGAAGGCCGCUCAAAUAAACGAUCUUUUGUGUCGCUCAUUGUGGGUCUGGUAGUGGGCUUUUGCCUGGCGGAGUUAUUUGUGUACUCCUCCACACCGGAACGCAGCGAAUUCAUGCCCUAUGAUGGCCACCGGCAUGGCGACGUGAACGAUGCCCACCACAGUCACGAUAUGAUGGAGCUGACGGGGCCGGAGCAGGAUGUGGGUACCCAUGAGCACGCGCACGAGAACUCCACCAUUGCGGAGCGGCUCUACGGCGAGGUUCGAGUGCUUUGCUGGAUCAUGACCAGUCCGAGCAACCACCAGAAGAAGGCGCGACAUGUGAAGCGCACCUGGGGAAAGCGCUGCAACAAGCUGAUCUUCAUGAGCUCGGCCAAGGACGAGGAGCUGAAUGCAGUGGCCCUGCCCGUGGGCGAGGGUCGCAACAACUUGUGGGGCAAGACAAAGGAGGCCUACAAGUACAUCUACGAGCACCAUAUCAAUGACGCCGACUGGUUCCUCAAAGCUGACGACGACACCUACACGAUAGUGGAGAAUAUGCGCUACAUGCUGUAUCCGUAUAAUCCCGAGACUCCGGUGUACUUCGGAUGCAAGUUUAAGCCGUACGUGAAGCAGGGCUAUAUGUCCGGCGGUGCCGGGUAUGUCCUCAGCCGCGAGGCAGUGCGUCGCUUUGUGGUCGAGGCUCUGCCCAAUCCCAAGCUCUGCAAAGCGGAUAACACGGGCGCCGAAGAUGUGGAGAUCGGCAAGUGCCUGCAGAAUGUCAAGGUUCUAGCAGGGGAUUCCCGGGAUUCCAAUGGACGGGGACGCUUCUUUCCGUUUGUCCCAGAGCACCAUUUGAUACCAGCGCACACGGACAAGAAGUUCUGGUACUGGCAGUACAUCUUCUACAAAACAGAUGAGGGUCUGGACUGCUGCUCGGACAAUGCCAUAUCCUUCCACUACGUCUCUCCAAACCAAAUGUACGUGCUGGACUAUCUGAUCUAUCAUCUGAGGCCGUACGGCAUUAUAAAUACGCCGGAUGCACUGCCCAAUAAGUUGGGCAUCGGAGAACUGAUGCCGGAACCCAAGGAGCAGCCAACGGAAGCUACGAGUGAUGCGGUGUCCAAAAGAUCUGCCGAAACGAAGACGCAAUAAUAGAGACAGUCGAUCCAAGCUCCUAAUGUACAUAGAUAGCUUUUGUAUAUAUUUAUACGUACUUCCACACGAUAGAUCGCCCUAAGCUGUACUAGCAUUGCCAUUAUUACCUUCAUUUCCAUAUAUUUUCUGUUAUGCCGACGGACCUUGAAUUAGUAUAAUUUCCCUCAUAUGCUCUCGGGGGUUUUCGUUUGGGAACCCAUCGCUGUGCCCUCAUCUUUUGUACAAAUACCAAAACUAGAUAUAAUUUAGAACUGUUAAUUUAGUUUGUAAUUAAGUCUAGGUUGUAUAUUUCGAAAAUCAUCACUAAUUUAAUCGAGAUAAGUUGUCGUUUCAUUUAGCUAGCCAUUUACAAUUUUCGAAAUGUCUAAGUAUAUCCUAUAUACAUAUGUAGCUAUAUAUAUUUAAUCUCUCUUGUGAUUGAGAUAUUACGUAUUAUAGAUAUUAAUGUACUACACAAUUCAACAAGUAUUUAAUAAAAUGCUGCUAAUGUAUUAUAAAGGAA